AUGGGAUGUCUAAAUUUUUAUUAUUAUUCCUUUCAGUUAAGUGAUGAGUUUCUUCUACAGAAAGACAAAAGAAAGGAGUGGGAGAAAAUGAUGGGUCUGAGUUGCCCUUCUUCACCUCCUGAUUCUUCUUCUUCUCCAAGGAACUCGGAGAAGCAGAGUGUGAUUGUUGCAUCACCUUCUAGAUUCUCUUGCUACAGUCAACCGUUUGUAUCUAUUGAGAAGAGAUUACUAACUCAUAAGGAUUCUCAUUGCAACGUAAUGCCAAAGUCUUCAGAAGAUUUGAGGAAGGAGAUUGCUUCACUUGAGUUUGAGAUGCUGCGUACGGAACAGUACUUGCUCUCUCUUUACAGGACAGCUUUUGAUGAACAAGUUACUUCUUUCUCUCCUCACACUGAAACAAGCUUAGUCUCGAACCAGUUUUGUCCCAAAUCCGAGCCAUCUGACCUUACCGGUGUGCUCAGCUACCAUUACCAAGCUUCUCCGGUCUCUGAACGUUCCUCUUCCUGUCCUCGGAGUUUCCAAGCCAGCUUAAAAGCUUUUUCUGCAAGAGAGAAGAGCAGAUAUGGUUCGGGUAACCACACUACUCUUGGAGAUCUUUUAGGCUCGUCUCAUAUUGUAGAGAACAUUGUGAACCCGAGUAGGCUCUCUGAAGAAAUCUUGAGAUGCAUAUCUUCUGUGUAUGUUACACUCUCCAGCAGAGCAAGAACCAGUUCUUCUCUUCAGCCUUCUCCUUCACCUUCACCUUCAUCCAAGACCAGUUUUGAUAGCUGCAACCCAUGCCUUGGCGAUAUUAAAGAAGCAAACGUUCCACGUGGUGUUGUAAUAGAGUCUCUGAAACUUCACCUGGAUGAUACUAGUUUCAACCACGCAGCUCUUAUGCUCCAAAACUACAGAUCACUAGUUCAAAAGCUUGAGAAGGUUGAUCCAAGUAGAUUGAAACGAGAAGAGAAGCUCGCGUUUUGGAUAAACAUUCACAAUGCUCUCACAAUGCAUGCCUAUUUAGCUUAUGGAACUAGCAACCGUGCAAGAAAUAACUCUGUUUUAAAGGCAGCUUAUGAUGUUGGAGGCUACCGCGUAAACCCUCACAUUAUCCAAAGCUCAAUCUUAGGCCUUCGCCCACAUUUCUCUCCACCUUUGCUGCAGACACUCUUUUCGCCAUCAAGAAAGUCGAAAACUAAUACUGACAAACACAUUUACGCCUUGGACUAUCCAGAGGCGUUGGCUCAUUUCGCUCUUUCUUCAGGAGCUUCCACAGAUCCUCCUGUUCGGGUUUACAAAGCGGAUUCCGUGUUUAGGGACCUAAGAAGAGCGAAAGAAGAGUUUAUAAGAGACAACGCUCGUAUACAGAAUGAGACAAAGAUAGUGUUGCCUAAGUUAGUUCAUUACUAUGCUAAAGAUAUGUCGUUGGACGCAUCUGCGCUCAUGGAGACAACAGUGAGGUGUUUACCAGAGUCCCUGAAGAGAGUUGCUCAGAAACUGUUGAAGAAGAAGAGCAAAAACAUUGAAUUCUCACCGGAAAAUUUGAGUUUCCGGUAUGUAAUCAUAUCAAGACAUUGA